AUGGACGCUUCUCUCCGCCACACGCCUGGCCUGAUUGAGACUGAUGAGCGCACAGCCAGGAUCGAGAAACUCCGCGACGAACUCAUCAAACACUACGAAGCGCUCGUCACUCGCGCUGGGAUCGAGCACACCGAUCGCAACACGACAGCGAUAACGCAAUAUCGGAUGCAGGUCGAAACCGCAGCAAUCGUCCGCGCAGCAGAAGACCUACAAGUCCUGAUCCGGCAGAUGCAGGAAAUGUGGUUGUUCGGGCAACUCGACACGCUUGGGGGACGGGAGGCGCAGAAGGGGGCUGACGAGAAGGCGAGGGAGGUCGCGGAAUUGCUCAAGGAGGUUGUUGGGAGGCAGGAAGAAGGGAGAGGCGAGGGGAGCGAUAGGAUGGUGAAUUGGGGAGCUGCAAUGGUUGACGCUUGA